AUGCUGAAGACGUCCCCCAUCCUCACCAGCUCUGCCAAUGCGUCGCCCACCAGCUUUCGCCGUGGCCAUGCAACCCCUCCGUCUCCCCAAGCAUCCCCUCGAUUGGCAUCGUCAACCUCGCUCGCACGUCGGCGUCACCCAGCCGUCGCACCUGCCCCGAAUGCCUCUUCCUGCUCCCCCCAUUGCCGGCGCGCAAAACUAAACGAAUCAGCUUCCGACAGCUGCGUGCCACAUGACAGUCUGACUUCGGGCCAGAAGCUCAAUCAACUGCCUCCGUCGCCGCAGCUGCGGCUUGAGCCCCAGCCUCAACACAUUGUCACGCCUGCGGCUUCUGGCUCCCUACCGAGCGGGACACCAGCGCACCCUCGACCCUCCACCAAAUCUGACGACGACGCUCAAGCAGUUUUGUCACCAAACAAGCGAAGAGUAUCUCCUAGCCGCCCAAGUGAGGAUACGUCGACCACAUCGCAGACGGGCGAGAGCAAGGGGGGUGGUGCCUCGCCAUCUGCCAUCAACACUGCGCCGAAGCGAGCAAGGACCACUGGGGAGCCAAAGAUUUUGCCUCAGCGCUACGAGUUUUGCGCAGUGGAAGACAUGGUGGAACUGAUUACUCACAUGCUGGCCGAGCUGAUUGCGACGAAUGAUGCCAUUCGGAUAUCGAGCGGAGGGUUAACACGCUUUCAUUCCAGGACUGCCCCAGGCAUCUCGGUACGAGACUAUCUUCACCGCCUAGCUCGACAUGCUACACUUACACCACCUCUACUUCUCUCCAUGGUGUAUUACAUUGAUCGCCUGUGCGCUUUGUAUCCCGAGUUCACCAUAAACACGCUGACGGUUCAUCGAUUUUUAAUCACAGCAGCCACUGUGGCUGCAAAGGGGCUGUCCGAUUCGUUCUGGAACAACACGACGUAUGCUAGAGUCGGCGGCGUUCGAGUACCCGAGUUAAAGAUGUUGGAGCUAGAGUUUCUCUAUAGGGUGGACUGGAAAAUCGUGCCUAACCCAGAGGUACUUGUCGCGUACUAUCGGGGUUUGGUGGAGCGGACACCACAAUACGCACUCGAGUCUGACGGCUCCUCGGACGACUCCUCGAUUGGCGACGACGAAGAUGUCGGUGAAGGUGAAGAGCGGCAGCAGCAAGAGGAGGCUCAAACUUGA